AUGCCUAAAUUCCGUGAACUGGAGUCUGAGUCUACACAUCAUCAUCACAAUCAUCAUCAUCAUCAUCAUCAUCAUCAUCCUCAUCCUCUGCUGGUCAACAGAUACAUCAUUCAGCAGAGACUCGGCAAGGGAAGUUUUGGUACCGUGUACCUCAUUGAAGACACAAAAUCAACAAUCAGAGACAAACUUAAAGUUCUGAAGGAGAUCCCGGUGGGGGAUCUGAAGCCGGAUGAGACGGUGAAGGCCACGCAGGAAGCUCAGCUCCUCUCACAGCUCCAUCACCCAGCCAUCUUAAGGUUCUACACCAGCUUCCUGGAGAGAGACACUUUCUGUAUCAUCACAGAAUUCUGUGAGGACGGGGAUUUGGAGUAUAAGCUGGAGCAGUUGCGAGUCUCAGGAGAAGCUCUGUCUGAGUCUCAGAUCAUGGACUGGCUGGUUCAGCUGCUGCUGGGGGUCGACUACAUGCACGAGAGACGGAUUCUACACAGGGACCUGAAAACCAAGAACGUGUUCCUAAGGAAGAACAUGGUAAAGAUCGGUGAUUUUGGCGUGUCAUGCCUCCUGAUGGGGUCAUGUGACCUCGCCACUACGUUCACAGGAACGCCAUAUUAUAUGAGUCCAGAGGUUCUCGGGCACCGAGGUUACGACUCCAAAUCAGACGUGUGGUCUUUGGGCUGUAUCCUGUAUGAGAUGUGCUGUUUGAAACAUGCCUUUGAGGGACAAAAAUUCCUGGUUGUGGUGCAAAAGAUCAUGGAAAGUUCUACACCAUCCCUGCCAGAGAAAUACUCACCAGAGCUGAACUGGUUAAUGCAGAGGAUGCUGGAGAAAUCUCCGUCACUCAGGGUUUCCGCAGCCGAAGCUUUGAGCAGCAGCAUUAUUACAGAGCUCGCUCAGCGUGUGAAGCAGCAGCUCUCGGAGGAGACGGCGGGGGACGACAAAGACGCGUCUGACAUCGCUAGCGUACUGCAGAGGAAAGUGCACCUCCAGACGCUAAGGGAAAGGUCAGAGGUCGAGAAGAUGAGUCCUCGGGAGCGGAUGAGGUUGAGGAAGCAGCAGGCGGCUGAUGAGCGAGCCAGGAAGCUAAAGCAUAUUGUGGAGGAGAAAUAUAAAGAAAAUCAGCAGCGCAUGAUGGAGCUCCGGUCCAAAAACUUCCAAAGAGUCAGCGUCAAUGUUCUUACUGAGACCGCUGAAGACACCGUGAGACAAAUCCAGCCAAUCAGACGACAGAACGGUCCGCCGAGCCACCGUCCUGGACAAAUGGCAGAGCAGCUCACUGAACACGACAUCCCCGAGGACCCUCAGGCUGCAGAAGUGUAUUAUUCCGAAGAUGGAUUCGAGUCGUGUUCGGAUGAAGAAGAUUUCUGCUCUGAUGUUCCCACACAGGACAGUGACCUGGACGCUGUGGUGCGACACAUGGAGGACGUCCUGGAGGACGAAUCUGUCGGUGCGUACGGAUCGUUCAGCAUCAGCAACACCAUGGAUUAAAUCUGAUCUAGAACACAAGCGCAGAUUUAUUUAAUCUG